AUGACGAAGUUGCCAUCAUUUCUCAGCGGCAUGUUCCCGAGCUCCUCCCCGUCAGGCAAGCGGGCGGGGACUGGCAAGCCGCCAGGUGUGCCGUCUCCCAGAGAGAAGCCUGAAAGACCCCCACCGCCACCUGCAGAGAAGGCUUGGCGAGAACCGAUGAUUGGCCAGGAAGUGACAAAUCACGUUCUGCAGGAGUCCAUGGAAAUUGUCACCGCGUCGGUUCAAGCGUGGGAUCCAGAGGAGUUUGUCCUGCAGUCCCUCCUGCAGGAAGCUGUUCGGAACCACGGCAGGGUGGACCUCAUGCAGAAGAAGAACGGGGAGAAGAUUGCAGUGAAGCGGAUGCCAAACAGGUGGGUACGCGAAGGCCCUGCUGAGUUUAACGAGCAGUACCCCACGGCAUCGGAAAGGCCCUGGGUGGAUAUUGGUCUGGUGAGGUAUUUGAACUCCAUCCGGUAUCCGUAUGCCUGCGAGUUGCUGGGAGUUUUCCGAGACGAUGAGACAACGUACGUCGCGGCAACUCUCGCAACUAUUGGCGAUUUGUUCACGUGGUGUGACAGGGAUCCACGGCCUGGAGCAGCCCGAGAGGCAGUAAUGCUUCCGAUCGUGGGGCAAAUCUUCGUUGGUGUGAGGUGGCUUCAUGACUUGGGUGUUGCGCACAGGGACCUCUCGCUUGAGAACAUUCUCCUCACAGAUGCAGCAGGUGGUCAACAGGUGAAGCUCAUCGAUUUUGGCAUGUCCACAACCAAUAGGAUAUGCAGGAGGGAGGUUCGCGGCAAGCAGUCGUAUCAGGCUCCAGAGAUGCAUUCAGCCACGGAAUAUGACGCCUUUCUGGCUGACGAGUUUGCCCUCGGCGUAGUGCUCUUCGCGAUGGCAGUACAGGACUACCCAUGGACAUCAACCAAGAAGAGCUCAUGUCAGCUCUUCGAGUAUAUCUCCACGUUCGGCCUCAUGAAGUUCUUGAGGAAGCGGAAGCUGCGCAAGGGCACAGAACACUUGUCGGAGGUAUUGAGUCCUGAGCUGGCCCAGCUCAUCGACUGCAUGCUUCAGUUGGAGCCGGUCAAUCGACUCUCCUUGGGCGAGUCCUGCUACAAUGGCGAGGCUCGCAGAACUGUGUGGGACGAAGCUUGGAUCCAGUCCUUCCAAGGGAAGUAG